AUGCCGCGUAUUGCAAAAGCAUCUCAACCAAAUGGUGUUGACAGCACUACAGAUUCGAUUGCUUCUAGAACCAGAAACAGACUCAAAACAUCUUCUUCCGCAAGUACAAGUAAGUCUGCUAAUAGCAACACUACUAAUAAAACAACUACUCCUGCAACUCCAAUUACCACUCCAACACAAAAAAGAAAACCAAAAUCCCAGGUGACGAGGGAUGUUGAUGCCGUUGGAUCUUCAAAACUUGUUGCCACAACCACUACUACUCCAAAUAAAAAACAACCAAAAUCCCAGGUGACGAGGGAUGUUGAUACCGUUGGAUCUUCAAAGCUUGUUGCUACAACUACCACCACUACUGCUCCAUCCACUACAACCAAAAGAAAACCUGUUGCUACAACUACCACCACUACUGCUCCAUCCACUACAACCAAAAGAAAACCUGUUGCUACAACUACCACCACUACUACUCCAUCCACUACAACCAAAAGAAAACCUGUUGCUACAACUACCACCACUACUGAUCCAUCCACUCAAAACAAAAGAAAGCUUGUUGCCACAACUACUGAACCAUCCACUCCAAACAAAAGAAAGCCUGUUACCACAACUACCACCACUACUGAUCCAUCCACUCCAAAAAAAAGAAAAUCUGUUGCCACAACUACCACCACUACUGAUCAAUCCACUCCAAAUGAAAAAAAACCCAAAUCCCAGAUGACGAUAGAUGUUGAUACCGUUGGAUCUUCAAAACUUGUCGCUACAACCGCCACCACCACUGCUCCAUCCACUCAAAACAAAAGAAAACUUGUUGCUGCAGCAACAACUACAACUGCUCCACCCACUCCAAACGAAAGAAAACUUGUAACGAUGGAUGUUGAUACUGUUGGAUCUUCAAAGCUUGUUGCUACAACUACCACCACUACUGCUCCAUCCACUCCAAACAAAAGAAAAUCAAAGUCCCAGGCGACAAUGGAUGUUGACACCGUUGAAUCUUCAAAACUUGUUGCUACAACUACCACCACCACUACUCCACCCACUCCAAAUAAACGUGGGAGAAAACCAAAAUCCCAAGUAACAAUGGAUAUUGAUCCUCCAGAACCUGUUGCUUCCAAUACUCUGCCCAUUCAAUCUCAGGAGAUUAUGGAUGUUGAUACUACUGAACCUUCAAAAUCUCUUAGCAAAGAAGAAAAAAGAGUGAUUGUUGAUUUAGGUGAUGCUGAUAUUCCUGAUGGAGAAAAGGAUGCCGUUGUCUCUGAUAGUAUUGAUGAAACAAUUUUUAAAAGAAUGAAUCCUAUUUCAUUCCUCAAUUUACUUUAUUAUCGAACCAGGUCUCAAAAAAAUCAAAGACGACCAUAUUAUCAUUGGGAAAUUGAUGAAGAUAGAUUAUGGAAUUGUAAACUCAAUUAUCUUGAUAAAACAUGGGUGUCUUGCAAAAGUAAAGAUCGGAGAUCGGCAAAAUUCAAUGUAGCAUCACAAGCUACAUUAGAAAUUUAUUCAAAUACACCUGAUGUUACUUUAAAUUAUUUAUCAGAAUAUAAAAAUUCUGACGGCUUAUCAGCCAAAAAUCUUAUAGAUUCACAUAAACAUGGAGGCUUAACUUAUAAUGAUUUUCUUAUUCUACCAGGAUACAUUGAUUUCUUGUCUUCUGAAGUAACUUUAGAAACAAAGAUUACAAGAAACAUCACCUUAAAGACUCCUUUUAUGAGUUCACCGAUGGAUACAGUCACUGAGACUAAUAUGGCUAUAAAUAUGGCUUUAUUAGGUGGGGUUGGCGUGAUCCAUCAUAAUUGUUCGUCUGAUGAACAAGCUGAAAUGGUUAGAAAAGUGAAAAAAUUUGAAAAUGGCUUCAUAACAGAUCCAGUAUGUUUAACUCCAAAUCAUACAGUGGCUGAUGUACAUAGGAUUAAAGCUCAAUUCGGUUACAGUGGCAUUCCAAUUACUACUAAUGGAAAAUUAUAUAAUAUAUUACUUGGUAUUGUUACUGCUCGUGAUAUUCAAUUCCAUGAAGAUCACACCACAUUACUUCGAGAAGUGAUGUCAACUGAUCUUGUAGUGGCACAUGAAGGAGUAACUCUUGAAGAGGCAAAUCAAAUACUUCGAUCUAGUAAAAAAGGAAAAUUACCAAUUGUCAAUUCUCGUGGUGAAUUAGUUUCUUUGCUAGCCAGAUCUGAUCUAUUGAAAAAUAUUAAUUUUCCAUUGGCCUCUAAAUCUGCUCACUCCAAACAAUUGAUAUGUGCUGCAUCCAUUGGGACACGUCAUGAGGAUAAAACAAGAUUACACAAGUUGGUUGGGGCUGGUCUAGAUAUUGUUGUGUUGGAUUCAAGUCAAGGCAAUUCCAUUUUUCAAGUUGAGAUGAUCAAAUAUAUUAAACAAACUUACAAUGAUUCAUUGGAAAUUAUUGCUGGUAAUGUUGUUACCAGAGAACAGGCUGCAAAUUUAAUUGAAGCUGGUGCUGAUGCAUUACGUGUUGGAAUGGGAAGUGGUAGUAUAUGUAUUACACAAGAAAUUAUGGCUGUAGGUCGUCCACAGGGUACAGCUGUUUAUAAUGUAGCAGAAUUUUCAAAUAGAUUUGGUAUCCCAGUUAUUGCUGAUGGAGGUAUACAAAACGUGGGUCACAUUACAAAAGCCUUAGCAUUGGGUGCAUCUGCUGUAAUGAUGGGUGGAUUGCUUGCUGGUACCACAGAAUCACCUGGUGAUUAUUAUUAUCAUGAUGGCCAAAGAUUAAAAAAAUAUCGUGGUAUGGGAUCAUUGGAUGCUAUGGAACGUGGUGUAACAGGUUCAGUAGUUGAUAAAGGAAGUAUUAGGAAAUUUUUACCUUAUCUGGUAACGGGUCUACAGCAUGGUUUGCAGGAUAUUGGUGUUAAGAGUUUAACACAAUUAAGAGAGAAUGUUAAAUCUGGUAAAGUUAGAUUUGAAUUAAGAACCAUGGCUGCUCAAGUCGAAGGUGGUGUACAUGGAUUAUAUACGUGA